GGAGUGCUUCACCCUGUCAUGGGCUAAGAUCCGCGAGCGGCGCCUGGGCGAGCUCCGCAACGCGAAGUCCAAGCUCGGCAGGCUCGAGAAGAAGCGUGCCGCGCUGCAGAUUGCGAAGGGGAAGCUCGAGGGCGCCGUAGACGAGCUCGACGGGGCGGCCUUCGACCGGCUGGCCGCCGAGGCGGUCGCGGAGAAGCUGGUGCCGCAGGCGCAGGUCGACCAGCUGGCGAAGAGGCCCGACGGGGCUCACCAGCCCUCAGAUUUGAAGUCCGCCACCAGCAUGCGAUCAGUGUGCUGCCCCGAGGAACGCCGAGUAAAGUACGGAUGAG